AUAUUGCGGAAAUUGAAAGAUUAGAAAAAAAAAUAGAACAAGAAAAAUUAAGAACUCCAGAUAGGGAAAUCGCCCAAAUGAGAAAAGAACAUAAUAAUGGUGAAACAAUGUAUUUUAGAUGUUUUAAUUGCUCUGAAAAUGUAAUUGAUUAUCAAGUUUGCCAAGAUCAAACUGGCAAUAUUAUUUGUCGCCAAUGUUAUCAUAAGACGGAUUAG